ACACGAAAGGUGUCCAGCAGCCAACUCACCUGUGACAUAUUCCUCAGUGGACUCGGUGUUACAGGUCAAGCUAUUGUCUAGGAGAUAAACUAGCCUGUAAUAAGUUACGGACUACUGUGACGUCACAAACAACGGCCAUGUUUGUCUUCACAUGGCGCGAGGUCAAGUAACGUAGAAAGUACUUUUCUCGGAGUUUAGUUGUUACAGAACGGUCAGUUGUUUGAAACGAUCAGGUUUCAGUGGAAGUUAAUAGCAUGCACCGUCCCACAGGUAUCCUGACAGUACUAAUACUAGGUGCUUUGGGUGUGGGAGUUGUUGCUGACGAUGAUGAUGACGACUCGGGUGUAACGUCGGCACUAGCUGCUGCCUUCAUAAGAGUGAAGACGAGGGAGAUCGAGCGGCUCCUCCACACCUCCUGGUGCGUGGUGUCCGGCCCAAGCUGUCCAGAUGGAGACGAGGGAGACGCCAGAUCCAAGAGGUCCACCUCCGUCUCUGGGAGCAGCGACCUGGGUACCAGCAUGCAGGCGGCCAUCAACAGUUUCAGCAGAUGUGUAUGUGCGGCAUCCAGGCUGAACCACGUGUGUAACCUCAACAUCUCCCUCUACCCCGACAACGUUGACCACUUCGCUGUUCACAGCAGCUUUUCUGUUGUAUUUCAUUGGCUUCACGUUGUAAAAGAUUUCUACUGCUACAUCAACCCUAGCUCCACCAUCACAUGUGACUACAGCCAGCACAUCGACGUCCCUCUGCCGUCACGGGUGGAGAUACAAAAUUUCGCGAAACAGAUACAAGGGGGGAUACUCCAGAAAUCGGAGUGUGGUGAAUUCUGUGGUCGGUUCCGGUGUAUAUACGAGGCAUGGAGCGAUGAUGGAAGAGGAACUUUUGACAACAUAUACGAAAAAUGUAUUCAACAUUUGUGCUCGGUGACUACAACCACCGCCCCGCCAUUGACACUUGGGGUAAACUACGACCGGACUGUCCACUCACGGAUACCUCACUCACCAGACUUGUCCACGACGCUACCGCCCUACACGAAUCAUACCAUCUUCAUUGCAAAUGAACCGGUCAAACCUGCGGCGCGGGAUACAGUCAUACCAGAUGCAGCCCCACAAGAUGGCGCUGAUCUGGAACCAAGGGGCUCGCCGUCAUCUCUUGUAGGUGGAUUAGUCGGUGGCCUACUGGCAAUGGCUCUCUUGGCGGUCAUCGGACUCACUGUGUUGAUGUGGAGGAAGAAACAGAGCCGAAAACACGACGUUCCCCCGGUCAGCUGCGUGUUCGCUGGUCAGACGGACACUGGACAGUCCAACUCACGUGACUACACCAACCUAGAUGAACACACCAACAUCACAGCAACUAAUCCCCUAGCUUGCAAUGGCGUCACUGCACGGAACGCAGACAUACCCGACGUAAUCCCUGGCACAGCGGAACUGAAGGUGGCCACCGACGACACGUAUGCGACAUUAAACGAGUGCGAGAUGAGUGGGCCGCAUGAUAACCCCGCUUAUGACAUGAAACCGACGACGAACAAAGGGGAAGAACUCGUGUUAGGGGAGGCAACUCCGUAUGGGGACAGUUUUUAUCUCGAAGGCAUUUACGCCAAACCAGCCGACAACUCCGAAGUCCCCGGUUGCCAUGGUUCCGCCAGCAGCAGUCAGUAUCUGGAACCAGUGUCCGAAGAUGACCGAUAUGUCCGGUACCCUCCCCACUACCUGCAACCCCUCCCUGAACUCCCGAACUCCGACCAGUACAUAGAGCCCUGUAGUGUCAGGAAUGGCGGUCACUCGGAUGAUUCAUAUAUCAGAAUGGACAACACCACGUCGGUGAGCAGUACUGACCCUCCCUGCCACGAAGUCGAUCAGUAUGUUCGUAUUGACGAAUCAGACCCAAACUAUUACAACAUGUAGACAACAGCACAUAUCACACGCGAUGUUCCAGCUCUCUGUCCGACACUCGUGUGUUGUUAUUUUUGUCUCAUGUAACUGGACAAUGGACGGUUAUUGUUUCAUGAACAUGUCGCAGCUGUCUCAGGUCUGAAUGACAGAAAUAUCUUCGGCCAAACUUCGAGGUUUCUGUGCACCUGAUCAUUUCGUUCUCCGCAUUGAACCAAAAUGAUGAAUGUAAUAUUAUUUGGAGUUAUCGCCCUUUACCCUUCAUGUAUAGACCUGUAAAUAAAGAGAAUUGCACCCAAA